AUGUGGCGUAAAUUGUCUGCUCUAGGUGCCACGAUGGGUGGUUUAAUGCUCGCUCACGUUUCGUCACAACAGGAUUUCGAUGCGACCAUGGAGAGUGCGAUAGCUUCAACAAUACGACGUCCAGGCAAUAUUCACGAUAGCUACGACAUAUUAGAUGAGGUAGUAGGUGAAGGGGGCUACUGUGUAGUGCAGAAAGGUGUGGACAAACGUACGGGGGAAUUGGUGGCUGUCAAGAUGCUGAGUAAAAGUGAGACGUCCGCCAGCGAGUUUUGGAGUGAAGUAGACGUGCUUCGAGUUGCUGGACGUCAUCCAAACAUUUUGCAGUUGAGAGGCACGUACGAGAAUGAGGACUGCUGGUUUAUUGUGCAGGAGUUGGCUCAAGGUGGAGAGCUUUUUGACCAUUUGGUAGCCAACGGAGCUUAUUCUGAACGACAGGCGAGUGACACGAUUCGUCAGCUUUGCGAUGCGCUACAAUACUUGCAUCGCAAGGGAAUUGUGCAUGGAGAUAUAAAGCCUGAGAACAUUUUGCUGCAUGAAGGUCGCAUGUGUCUUGUGGAUUUUGGUGUAUCCUUUCGUAUGGGUGAGCGGUUCUUCUACGACUCCCAUUUGAUGGGAACAGUGGCAUAUGCGGCACCAGAGACGCUAGAAUAUGGUGCACUCAUUCAUAGGAGAAAUACCAGGAAUGAGCAAAGGAAAGCUAGAGCCAGAGGCGAAGCAGUACAGCUGGACGAUAGUAAUGAGGAAGAUGAUGCUCAAGCAGGCCCUGACGCGAUCAAAUUUGGACCUAAAUCCGACAUGUUUGCUCUGGGAAUUGUCUUGUACAUCCUGCUGUGUGGUUCCCAUCCUUUCGACACCUAUAACAACUUGCCUGACGAAGAGAUCCGAAAACGAAUUCUUGAAGGGAAAUAUCGAACGCAGUCUCGUGCGUGGCAAUUCAUCUCGCCGUCCGCCCGUGAUUUGAUCCAGAAGCUGCUUGAAAUUGAUCCUAACAAGCGUUUAAGCGCGGAGCAGGCAAUGCAGCACCCAUGGUUGCGUAACCAAUCCCAGGUUAGCCCUGAACCAAUGAAAAACUCUGCUGAGCUGCUGGAAAAAUUUCAGCGCGGACGUCGUCGCCUUCGCGCAAGUAUUCUAGCGGUUCUUCUCAUUGAUGCAAUGGCUGAGAAUCUGGAUGAGGACGACAAUCACGAGCUAGAAAGUGUGAAGCGUAGUUUUGCUUGGGGGCUUAGUUCCAGCGUUGAGGCGCUGAACGAGAAAACGAAUGCGCUUCUUUCCACUUUGCAUUUCUUUGACAAAGAAGGAAAAGGAUUCAUUUCGAAAAACGAUCUUGCGCGUGUGAGCGAGAGUUUGGGUAAACACAUGAGUGAUAAUGAGCUGAAUGAGAUGCUUGUGGGUGCAAGUGGAGACCCCGAGCAAAGCGUGUCAUCUGUAGACGCUGUCGAUUAUGAUAACGUGAAAAUGACCAUUUCUACGCUGCGUUCUGCUACUUAUCGUCCUGGAGAAGCCAUCAUUCGCGAAGGACAUGCUGGAGCACACAACGUGUACUUGCUGCUGGAUGGUGAGGUUGAAGUCUCUUGCAAAAACCCUAUUAAGAAAUCUUCGUCAAUCGGGAAUACGGUAAAUGAAGACGCUCGUAAUCCAAGCACGUCGGCAUGCAAACAGUCUGAUAGCUCUGGCAGGCUGGCAUCAAGCCCGUCAUGGCCAGGUUUUAUUCAAACGCGACCUACAACGUCAGGGUACGAGGAAAUGAAGCUCAGGUGUUUGCCAAAGGGUACCUUUUUUGGCGAGAUCGAGUUGGUGCGUCCUGACGGACGCUUCCUGCCUCGCAUUGCCACUUAUCGAUGCGCCAAAGGCAGCAACACACCAUGCAAAGUCUUGCAGCUUGUGGCAGAUGACUUUCUAAAUCUAAAGGGAACAUACGAGUCCAUUAAUAACCGUCUUGAGAAAACCGCGCACCGCCACGUCCAACAACACUUGCUUGGAUGCGUGGAAGCUGCGAAAGGGUCGGUGAAAAUGCGGUCUCUCGAUACCGGUGAAUUCAUUUACAAAGAAGGCGAUCCGUGCGACUCGGUAUUUAUCUUACUGGAUGGCCAGGUAGAAGUGCUAAAAGCAAAAGAAGGAAUCGUUGUAGAAGAGCUGCAUCCAGGAGACUACUUUCCGCUCGGCGUUUCAGGUCAAACACAAGCUAGUAAGAUUUUUACUCGUCACUCAAGCGUGCGAUGUACACAGCCCGUGAAAGUGGUCGAAAUCGGUGGAGAAACCUUCCGCAGCUUCUUAAGCAGCAACAAGUUUCUGGCUGCAUACUUCCGUGAGGAGGUAAUGGCACGAGAGCAGCGGCGACUUGAUCGGCUUAUGACGGCGUAA